CCUUCCUCUGUAUCUGAGCUGUUCUCUCUUCUUUCUCGGGUCGGAAUUUAACCCGAAUUAGACACCAAAAUCUCUCUUUUCUCUAUACUAGUGGACCAGAUCCCUAAUUCACUCAGACAUGGCAAAUCAACUGAAAUUUUUGCUAAUUUCAUAGCAAUUAUACCUCAUUUCUUUCAUCAAAAUUCAAUCUUGCUGCUCAAGUUGAAUUGCCAUGGGGGAUAGUACACCGAAUACGAUGAAUCUUGAUCUGAAUUUGGGACCUGUUGAAAGUCCUACUGAUGAUUCAGAGUCUGUUCCUGCAACAUUUCCCAUUGAGGAUAUGAAUUUAGAGGAUUUGUUAGAUGGUUAUCGAUUUAGGGAAGUGGUUAGGCAAAGGAGGAGCAGAUGGCGGUCAGCUUUGAGAAACAUUCCUGUUCCUGCAGAAGCUAGAAGUAUUGCGAUGGAGUUCAUUGGUAGGAGUGAAUCACAAACAGAUGAUGUUAUUGCUGAGGAGAGGCCCUCGGAGGUGGAAAAUACAUGCGAUAACAAUAACGGGUAUUCACAUGACGAGAUUCUGGGGAAAAAAGAAGACAGUGAAAAGGUUACUAGUGAGGAGGGGGGAAGCUUCUUUGAUUGCAAUAUAUGUUUAGACUUGUCGAAAGAACCUGUUGUGACUUGUUGUGGUCACUUGUUUUGUUGGCCAUGUCUUUAUCGAUGGUUACAUCUGCAUUCAGAUGCAAAGGAAUGCCCUGUUUGUAAAGGGGAAGUGACAAUGAAGAAUGUAAUCCCAAUUUAUGGACGUGGAACUAAUGUGCGAGAGCCUGAAGAGGAUUCAACUCUGAAAAUCCCUCAUAGGCCUCAAGCAAGGCGUGUGGAGAGCUGGAGACAGACUAUUCAAAGGACAGCAUUCACCAUUCCAAUGGAAGAAAUGAUUCGCCGUCUUGGCAGUAGAUUUGAUUUGUCUCAGCUACAACAGCAGAAUUCUGAAGGUUCUCAUGAAUUACCUGAGCGAAGCAGCUCACUGCUCAACCGUAUUCUUACUUCCAGGGGACGCAGAGAACAGAAUCCUGUUCUGCCUUCUGAUGACGUGGUUGACUUGACACAGACCAGUCCAACUAACUCUGAUGUGUGGGAAACCCGUCGUCUUUCCUCUCUUUUACUCCGCAGAUCAAAUUCACAUCGAGCUGCUAAUUAUGCCAAUCUUGCUUCUGCCUUUGGUUCUGGUGGAAGGCUGGUUGAGCCAUACUUCCGUAGUAAUACUGUGGAGAGAAAUCAGGAGCAGCCUCUACCAGUUGAAGAUAGAGAUUCUGUUUCGAGUAUUGCUGCUGUUAUACACUCAGAGAGUCAAACAGUGGAUACUGCUGCUGAAAUAGAUUCUAGGGUGUCCCUUUCUACAUCAUCUUCCAGAAGAAGAAACGAUGCUUCCAGAAUUUCAGAUGUGGAUAGUGGAGAUUCACGUGCACCUAGGAGGAGGAGGUUAAACUGAUUUGCGUUCCUUCUUAUCAUGUUCGGCCUCCAAGCACACCCCUCCCCCCUCCAUUACCCAUAUGUCAUUGAUACUUCUGAGUUUCUUUAGGUGUAUCGGUAGGAAAUGUACUCUUUUCCUUGAGUUUCAUGAUACCUUUUUCAGUUUACUGCUUAGUCUUCUACCAUUAGUUUCGUUAUCCGACAGGUCCAAGCUUUCCAGCUACAAGACAUAUGAAAAGAGGAAAAAAAAGUUGUUUAAAUAAUCGUGCGAAUUUGUCUUUUACCUCUGUAAAUAACCAUGCAAAUGGUAGUUUUAUUGGUAUACCUGCUAUUGAUGUCCUCAAUAAAUUGAGAUUUAUCCAUA